AUGUCAGGAAAAGUGCCUGUGUAUCGUUUACCUCCUUUGCCUCGUCUUAGAGUGAAAAAACCAGUUAUCAAACAAGAAACAAAUAGAUGUCUCGUGCUAAUGUCGAACCUUUUGCAAUGUUGGUCUUCUAAUGGACAUAUGAACCCAGCAUGUGCAGAUCUAGCAGCGCAGUUAAAGACGUGUACUUCGGAGACAGCUCUAGGUAAAACGAAUAAAGAACAGAAGAGUAAUAUCAACUACCACGCUGCAAGAUUAUAUGACAAGAUUAGUGGGAAACCACACGAUUGA